AUUACAUCACGACGCGCAAUCAGCAAGACCACACUUUGCGAAGAGGCAACGCUUCUUCACCCCUACAUACCUAGCAACUGCAGAGAUGGUACAAGUCAAGGCCGAUGCACACGCAGACACACCGCUACAGCUCAUCACAUCUUACCUGCAGCAAGCCAAGACUGCGCAAGGCGAGGAGAAGGAUGCCUUGAUUGACGCUGCUUUGGAUCUAGCGGCGCAUCUCGAUGACUACUUGACUCUCUCAACAACACCAGCCACCCAGGAACUCAAUAAUAUGAUUGAUGCAACGCUUGAGCAAGACUGGGACGCGCUGCAUGCUUCUGGCAAGACACAGUUCAAGUAUACAUCCAAUUUUUGCGCUGGUACCUUUGAAGCACAGUUCGUUUCUACCUUGUGCCAGCUCGUGCAGGCAAAAGAAGUGCUUGAGAUUGGCAUGUUUACGGGCACGACGGCUGGUGCCAUCGCACAGGCACUCCCGGCAAACGGUCGAGUCACGACCUGCGAGAUCGAUCCGUUCCUCAAGACGCAUGCUGAAGCACAAUUCAGCAAGGCUGGGUUGCAAGACAAGAUCGAAGUGGUGCUUGGCUCUGCGCAUGACUCGCUUCCACUGCUUGCAAAGCAGGGACGUGUCUAUGAUCUCAUCUUUUUGGAUGCCGAAAAGGUUGGCUAUCUCGCGUACUUCCAGAAAGUGAUGGAAUUGGGUUUACUUGCUCCAACGGGUGCCUUUGUCGUGGAUAAUACACUCUUCAAGGGACAUGUUUAUCGCCAGGGCGAAGAUGAUGAAAUGACAACCGCAUUGAAGCACUUUAACGAAACGGUCAAGCAAGAUCCUCGCGUCCACGUCAUCCUCUUGCCAAUCCGUGAUGGUGUCAGCAUUAUUACACACAAGCCGGCGCAUCUACGUUCGGAGGAUCCAGUGGUGUCUGGCUAUCUCGGUCAGAGCAUGACUCAGCGAUUCAAGCUCACUGGCAAAUCGGCUCUUGUGACGGGUGCCGCUCAGGGUCUCGGACGCAGCUAUGCGCAUGCUCUAUCACAGGCAGGCGCCGCCGUGAUGGUUGCAGACUUGUCGUUUGAGGCAGCCGACAAGGUGGCUGAAGAGAUUCGAGCAAUGGGCGGACGUGCCUCUGCUGUGGCCGCAGAUGUCACAGACAAAGCAGCUUGCGAUGCUAUGGUCAAGGCGUGUGUUGAUACAUUUGGCAAGCUCGACAUUGCAGUCAACAAUGCAGGCGUCAACCUGUCGUCUCCUGCGGAAGACUCGUCAGCGGCAGAAUUCGAGACGACCAUGUCUGUGAAUGUCAAGGGGGUCUUCUUUUCGUGUCAAGCGGAAGCAGCGCAUAUGCUGGACAAGCAAGACCGCGUCAUUAUCAAUGUGGCAAGCAUGUCGGCCGUGGCGAUGCCUCACCCGCAAAAGCAAAUGCUCUACAACACAUCCAAAGCAGCCGUCAAGAAGAUGACGGAGAGUCUUGCGGUAGAGUGGGGAAGUCGUGGCAUUCGUGUCAAUGCAAUUGCUCCUGGCAUUGUCAAGACGGACUUGAUUACCAAGAAUGAAUCGCUUGGACCGUUGCUCGAGACGUGGUUGAAGCAGAUUCCACUUGGUCGUCUUGCAGAGUUUGACGACUGUCAGGGAACGAUUGUCUUUUUGGCUUCCGACUUGUCACGAUACAUGAAUGGCACAACACAGAUUAUUGAUGGAGGACAGCAAUUUUUGUAGCUACUUUGAUGCCU